CGUGUUAAAGUUACAAGUUCCGAGGUCGAGUUAGUAAAUCGGUACGGCGGCUAUGUUUUUGUCGAAGUCCUAAGUAAGCACACGUAGCCGGUGAUAUUGUUCUGGAUGUAUGUUCGGCGAAUUUGAAUUCUUGUUAAAAAAUGAACGUGGGGACAUGAUCAUAUGUGGAUACAGCUUUUAAUAAGCAAGCCAAGGUGCUAGCUGGCUCCGUACUUCGUACCAGAGAUGUUGACAUGAUGUCGUCCAGCUGCACUUCCCAGGGCUAACGUAGCUAACCCGAGUGGCUGAGUUUGGCUCCGAAAGAAGCCUAAACGAGAUCUAAAAGAGAUAUGGCGGUGUCGUUUCAAGGCCUGUACUUUGUGGUGACCCUGUUUUUGGGGAGUUUCUUUGGCAGUAUCUUCAUGCUGGGUCCUGUUUUGCCACUCAUGCUGCUGUCUCCUGCCUGGUACCGAUGGCUCACUGACCGCAUUGUAGCCACCUGGCUCACCCUGCCUGUGUCCUUGUUGGAGCUGGUGUUUGGAGUCAAGGUGGUGAUUACAGGCGAUGGCUUCAUUCCGGGGGAGCGCAGUGUGAUCAUCAUGAACCACCGGACCCGUUUGGACUGGAUGUUCCUGUGGUGCUGCCUGCUGAGGUACAGUUACCUACGACUGGAGAAGAUCUGCCUCAAGGCUGCCCUGAAGUCCGUGCCUGGUUUUGGUUGGGCAAUGCAGGUGGCCUGCUUUGUCUUCAUUCAUCGGCGUUGGGAGGAGGACAAGAGACACCUAGAGAACAUGUUGGAGUACUUCUGUGACAUCAGGGAGCCACUGCAACUGCUGCUGUUCCCUGAGGGUACAGACCUCACUGAAAAUACAAGAGCAAGAAGCGACGAGUUUGCUGCCAAGAACAACCUGCCUAAAUAUGAAUAUGUUCUGCAUCCCCGCACCACUGGCUUCACCUUCAUUGUGGACACACUCCGGAAAGGAGACAACCUGGACGCUGUCCAUGAUAUCACGGUGGCAUACCCCAAGAACAUCCCUCAGACAGAGCGCCACCUCAUCCUUGGGCUUUUCCCCCGUGAGAUCCACUUUCAUGUACGUCGCUAUCCAGUUGCCUCCUUGCCUGCUUCUUCCUCUGCCCUGCAGGCCUGGUGCCAGGAGCGCUGGGCCGAGAAGGAGGCCCGUCUCCGGGACUUCUACGCCUGCCAGCCCCGGGCUUUCGACAGAGAGGGUGUGGCACGCGUACCGCCCUGCAAGACAGAGCUGCGUGUGGCACUGAUCAAAGCGGCCUCGCUGCUUUACUGGAGCACCUUCAUUGGACUCUGCUGCACCGGUCUGUGGCUGUGGGCUCCUCUCAGGCUGUACUUCCUUGUGAUGAUUGGAGUGUACCUGGGCCAGCAGAAGCUGCUUGGAGGGAUGGAGCUGCUAGAGUUGGCCUGCCACCGUUACUGGAAGUCUGUGGCUGCUGAUGUGGGUGGGAAGAAAAAGGUGCUAGAUGGGAAGAUGAAGUGAGGAUGGAAACAAGAGGACAUCUAGGCAACCAAUCAUGUCCACCUUUAAUCAGCAAGGGCACUCAGGACUUGGUCAUCUUGGCUGAGUCCAGUCCAAGGGACCAGAGGGUCCCCCAUGGAGCCCAAUCCUACUCUACUUUAGGCAGUGAGGGAAAAGUGCCCCUACAGGCAGAAUGCAUGGCUUUUCUAAGGGGCGCUUACCGUACUAUAGCAGAGGAUGGAAGAAAAAGAAGAAUGUAAUGUCAGUGUGGUUUCGAAGGAUUUAUCGCUCAUGUUGUGUUAGCUGCCUACUGUACAUAUCUCUCUAUUGUGCACAGUCAAUGGCUCCACCUUUCUGUCAGUGCAGUUUAUCUGUUGGGGAAUUUUUAAUAGUAGUUUAAACAUAAUCUAAGUGUCAGUAUCCACAUCUGUGUCAUAAAGACAGUACUUUUAGUUUUUGGUAUUCUGUAGCCAUGUGUUUUUAAAUUGGUUUUACUGUGUAUGUUUUUCCCCUUAAUUUUGUGUGUAUUUUUUUAAGUGAUGGAACAGAGCCAUAGUGCAAAGCACUUAAAUGUACAUGUGAUGACAGAGUCGGUACUGUAUUUAGCCAGUCUAGAUUAUCAUUUAGCCAAAUAACUUUCCUUUAACUGUCUGUUGACAAGAUAAUGUCAUUUUAAAAGAAUGCUAUCGGUCCAAGAGAAUUGGUAUACACUACUUGUGUAGUAUUGUUUACUUUCACGACCUCAUUUUGUUUGCCGACUACUGUACAUGUUAUGUAAAUCACCUAGAGAUAAAAAAAAUAAGCUUUUUUUUAUAGCUGUCAGUCUCUGUCAAAGAAAAGUUUUGUUCUUAUGCAUGCCCGCUGAAGUCUCUUUUGCACUUAAAAGCCAAAGGUGAGAGAAGUAGAGGUGAUGUAA